GCAGUGCAUGCAGUCUACCAAAUGUCAGAGCUCAACGUGUCGCUGCCCUGAGAACAUCACAUACCAAUCGGUGAUGAGGGAGGUGCAAGGGCACUGAACAAGAGAGUUUGUCUGAUAAAUAUUCAACAUUUCCAGCCGACUCUGGAUCACAGACCACAGAGGGACCCUCAGCACUCAACAACAGAUACGGGUGACUGAAAUGAGGAAUGUAAUUCGCUCAGUCGUCCUCCUCCUGGCUGCGCUCAUGUCAAACGCAGGGGCAGCGGAGAUGAUAUAUGCUCGAGUGGGAGAAACGGUGACCCUUCAGCCUCCGGGGGGUAUUAAUUUACAAGCUUCUUAUAUCUACUGGAAACGUAAUAGAGAGGAUGGCCCUGAACUUGCCUGGCGCAAUACCUUUGGUGGAAAGUGGACCGCUCCAGAUGAACCCUGGAAAGACCGUCUGUCCUUGUCUGGCGACGCACUGAUCAUCAAAGACAUCCAACAAACAGACUUUGGGACUUUUGUCUUUAAACUCGAUGUUGGUGGUGGUGUCAUUUCCUUCACUCCGUAUAAACUUCUCAAACUCACCGUCAGUGUUAACCCACCCUCCCCUCUGUUGCCGGGGGACUCGCUGUCUUUGUCCUGCUACACACAGACUCUUGAGGGUUACGAGGACCCAGAGAUACAGUGGCUGCAUCCCUCGGGAAUGAAAAUGACAGAAAGUCGAGGACCCCUCACUGUGAAAGCCACAGGCCAAGACAACGGCCAGUGGACUUGUGUUGUGACAAACGAUAAGAAAGUGACCACGGCCAAAGUCUCUGUUACGGUUUUGGACCUCUCCCCGGCCCCUUUGCAGCCCCAAUACACGUCUGAAUCCUGGCCUCUCACCGUCCCCUGUUCCCUUCUUGCUCACAUCUCCUGGGAACAAAUCAAAGCGAAGGACAUCCAAGAGGUUCACUGGUACUUUGUCCCUGAACCAUCUUUGAGUCCACAGAGGCUCUUCUCCCUCUCUCUGGACGACCCGCUGACCUGGGAGGCAGACCAAGACAGAGGACUGUGCCCCGGACCACACCCUAAAAAAGGAAAUCUGUCUUUGACUAGAAAUCUGGGGAGGGAAGAAGACAAAGGAGAUUAUGUGUGCACCCUAGAAUUUAAAAAUGGUGCGACCCUGAACAGGACUGUCCACGUUAAGGUGCUGCAGAUCAUCUCCUCUCCGGGAACAGAGUUAAUUUCUGGCCAGCAGCUCAACUUGACUUGCAGCCUCGGCCACCCGCUGACCUCCGACCUACAACUGAAAUGGUUUCCGCCUGGACGGUCGUCCCUGUCGUCUCUGACAUCUGACCGUCACCCCGCCCGUCUCACCAUCCCGGAAGUGGGGCCAGGAGUUGGCGGAAAGUGGAGAUGUGAGCUGUGGCAGAGCGAUGUGCGGCUGACGUCGGCUGAGAUAACGCUGAAGAUCGAACCCAGAAUGAGUUUGUGGAUGCUGGUGGUCAUCUGUAGUGUCACAGUCAUCGUGAUCCUCCUGCUCAUCCUGGUAUUCAUCCUCUACCGACGCAGACAAAAGAUGAUACACCUCAGGCGUCGACUCUGCCAAUGCAAAACCCCCAAACCCAAAGGAUUUUACAGAACAUAAUAUCUCCCACGGAGACACUUUCAAGACAACCUAUUGGAUUUCUGUCCAUUAUAAAAUUGAUUUUUCUGUCAUAGCCUAGUUAGGUGUUUAAGGGACCAUAGUCCCUUAAAAAGGGGGCUGUGGUUUUAUGUGUUUUAACCAGUUAUAACUAGGAAGGUAAUCACAAAAUAAUAUUGUGAUGAUUUACAUCAAAUUUACCAGCACAACUUGAGCUACAAUAAUUAGUACGCCGUUUUCAAAUGCUCCAAACACAACUCACACAAUAUUAAAAUAACACAAGUAUCAUAUUUAUAAUUCGCCCUUUCAUUUGCUUCUGUAAAAAUGAAUGCAACAUCAAUGCACAUUACUAACUCCAGGGAUGUGGACAGAUUGUACAGGCAUAAUGGAGAAUUGUGUAAAUAGUUUAUUGUUUUGUCCAUUUUUUUCCAGUCCUUUACAUUUCUUGUUGAUAGAAAUUGAUAGAAAUGUUUACAGUUAGUUCAAAUAAAAUGUUUAAAUUGUAUUC